UCCAUCGCCCCAGUAGUUCUCUCCUCCCGGACCCUCGCCUGAAGCCUCUCUCCUUCGCUCUCUCUCCUCGGGCAUAAGAAUUGCUCCUCGAGACGCGAACUAGAUUGGGAAGGGGUCUGCAGUUAGCUCUCCAGCAACGCCAUUGACGUGAGUUCUCUGCGAGCAAUAGGCCUGAGAUUUGUUUGAUGACUUGGUGGAGGCUGGUCCUUGGAUCGCAAUUUCGAACUUGCGCAUGAUGAGAUACCAGAAAGUGAGUCCGGAUGUUCUCCUCCUCUGCAAUGGAAGGAAGUUAUCAUUGCGAGCCUGCGAAGAAGAUGAUGAUAUUCCGGACUACAUUGCCUCCGAAGGUAAAUCACUUCCACUAGCGCGGCCGGCGUCGGGAUCGGCAGAUCCCUCCCCAACAUCGCAGCAUCGCCACUCCUUCCCUUCGGAAUCCUUACUAGCGCAAUGCGACAACCGGCCAUCCUCCGCGAAGGCUCAAAACAAUCACCUUCGCUUUGAGGUUAAUGGAUUGAGCCCCAACGUAGGAGGCGGUGGUCUUCUCCGGUGGGGCCAAAAUAAGAGGUCCCGUGGAUCGAGGGCUGACGACCGGUCGGCUGGGGAUGAAUUUUCCGCCAACUCAAGAAACAAAAUCCAGCGGUGGCCGGCGGCGGCGGCGGCGGCGAUGCCCCCUCCGCCCUGUGGCUUGUACACGAGAGGCGCCAAUCACCGUUCACUAAGAAAUAAGAAUAACAAAGAUGGAUCCAACGACCUGACUCAAUCUGGGAAGAGAUCUCCGAGAGUCCUGCCUGAGAAUGCCCAGAAGCCGUCGGCCAAGCCUGCUCAGAAUGGCUGUGCAGCAGCAGCAGAAGAAGCAGAAGCAACGGAUAUUUAUGCGAACACAGAAUCAUCAAAAUGUCCAUUUGAGAUAGAGAUGGCCAGUGCAGGAGAAAAGCUAAAUCUCGACAAGUUUGAGUGGCCGAGGAUUUACAUCUCCCUCUCCAGGAAGGAGAAGGAAGAUGACUUCCUUGCCAUGAAAGGAACCAAGCUGCCCCACAGGCCCAAAAAAAGGCCCAAGAACAUUGAAAAGGCUCUCCAGUAUUGUUUUCCAGGGAUGUGGCUUUCUGAUUUGACUAGAGCUAGAUAUGAAGUGAGGGAGAAGAAGUCUGCGAAGAAGAAGAAACUGGGGCUAAAGGCCAUGGAGAACAACUUAGACAGUGAUUCAGAGUAAUGACAGUGGAGGAAUCAGGGCCUCCUCAUGCGCCCAUGGCUCAAAUUACUUUUCUCAUUUUUCACCUUUAUUUUGCAGUGUGGAAUUUUCUCCCCAUUUGCUACAGUUUGUGUUCCCGGCGGUGGAUGAAGGAGGCAUUAUAAUCCUUCAUCUCCCUUGCUCUUGUACAUAUCCCACCUUUCAAUGAGAGAGAGAGAGAGAGGUUUCGACAAAGUGAUCUCUCUCCUUCGUUAUAUCUUUUUGGUGCUUCGAGGUCUAACUAUUGCCCAGAUUAAGCGUUAAUCUUAGAAUAAACCCUUUCCAUCCGACUGUAUGACUAAGUUAGACAUGUUAGUCUUCUUUUUGCAGUGCGUUGGGGUCUUUCUUCUACAAAUAUUGCAUUUAUGGGACAAGUUUGAUUCCUUUAGAGGUCAACAUUCGACAAUGUGCAUAAGUUAUGCUUUAUAUUUAACUGGGAAAAUAAUCUCCUUCUAGGAUUAAUCAAGUGAAGGACUGCUGAGUCAGUUGCUAAGUUGCCACAUUUGUUUUGUGGGGGUGAAGCUGAUCCACCGUAAAUGCUGUAUUGUGAUGUA